AUGAUACCCCAUUCCUCUGCCGGCGGCCAAUCGUGGGGCCACCAGAUGCGAUCAUUCAAUGGUGGUCCCGGACGGAUUGAUCUGGCGCAGAUGUCUGGCCAGUAUGAUCCUCCCUCGGACGUCUUCCAGCCGGCUCCGUCGCAAGCCCAGCCGCCACCCAAGACUCGUCAGUCUGCCGUCGUCGACCUGACGGGUGGACUCGAGUCCCACGACAGGGAACCUCCGCCGAAGCGACCUAAGCUCGAUAUUUCUGGUGGAUCGAAUGUGGGGGAUGCGGUGAUAGUGAAUAGUGCCGAGGCAAGGAGUACCCCAGGAAGCGCGGGCUCGCGACCUCCCCUCUCCUGGCGCGGCCGUCCGCUAUGGUCUUUCCAGGCUGUCAUGUCGGAAAUCCCGGGCAGCGAGAGCCGGGGUGAUAACGCGACUGGAUCCAGACCAUCUUCGCCGCCCCCGUUUCCUGCUCAGCCUUGGUGUAGCGCCGUACCCGAUCGUCAAGUUACCGGGUCCAGAUCUCGGGACAGCUCUCCGGACAAGAAGGUCCAGACAACUCCGUACCGCAUUCAAACCCCUUCUGUGGCUCCAAUACUCAAGGGCGAGAAAGUUGCCGAUUUCACCCCAUGGACCGGUAAUCAUCCCGAAGACGUUCUAAAUGAGCAAACCGCGAAGCAAGGAUAUUAUGAUCGUACGCAGGUCUCUCAGAAUGAAUCCAACACGGCUCGCCCUGCAUUAUAUGGUCAAUUAAAACACCGCACGAGCCUGCACGUGCUUUCCUCCGUCUUUGCCGCUGCCUUGGAGAAACGACAGAAAUACAACACGGUGCAUGCGCCAUCGAGCUUCAAGCCCCCACCAAGAGUCACCCUCACCGACAAUAAACGGGAGGCCUGGCUCCGAGAUCUUGCCAAUCCAUCUGUACCGCUGCGCAAGCUGAGCCGGACCAUCCCCCACGGUAUCCGAGGCAAGGUUCUUUUGGACCAAUGUCUAGGCAAGUGGAUUCCAGUGGCCAGGGCUGUGUGGCUUGCGAAGUGUGUGGGUGCCAAUGAGAUCCGUGCGUUUAAACGGAAAGGUACCAGUGGCGCGUUGGCUGUGGGCUUGGAAGCAAAAUGGGUGCGAGACUGGACAACCAACGUUCACCAAUUUGUUGAGGGGGUGUUUAGUUCUCCCAAGUCGGCGGGUUGGAAAGCCCGGAUGACCUAUGCCAUCGGAUUGACCGCCCGCCUGUUCUUUGAGAACUUACUGGACCACGAUCAUUUUAUCGAGUGGUUCCUGACCUCCUUCGAAGCGGCGUCUCUUUCCACCGUGCCUGUUUGGCUUUUGAUGCUUGGCAUAUACUGGAACAACAUCAUGCGGUAUAGGCGUAGGGGCAGGCGCUUGGCCGAAAUUCUGCUUGCGAAGCUGCGUUUGUCCACUGAAGCCAAAUUGGAAACCCUUCAUCCUCUUGUCGACCGGCUAUCUCGAUUUAUCAAAAAGCUUGUUCAUGGACAUACUUCAUCCAUGAUUUUGCCGAAUACCUGGGACAUGUACAAGCAUCAGGUCUCAUCAUGCCUGAACCUCUCGGACAAAGUGGAUAGGGCCCUGUUCCAGAGCAUUGCAGAACGCAAUGCGCGAGUUCAGAGACCCCGAAACUCGAAACAAGCCACACACCGUUCCCCUCACCAACACAUUAUCCGUCUCCUCGAUUCUAUCUGCUCUGCGCAGGACAUUGCUUCCGUCUCAUCCGCUUGUUUGGAAGCCGUCGACGACAAGCCGAUUUUAGUCUCCAAGCUACUGGAAUGGCUUGCGACCCCGUUCCGCCACGGCAUCUGCCGAGUCUACGUUGGCGUUCGGUUGUUGCGAAAGUGGAAGUCAUGCGGCGUGGAUGUGGACGGGCAUAUUCUGUCCUUCCUCACCCGAUUCCGGGAUAGCAAGAAACUGAACAUGGAAAACGUAUACCAUGUCAUUUCCGAGCUUGUCAGGUCACAGACAUUCUCGGUUGGUCGAUACUUGCAAUGGCUCAUGGCAAAAGGUGCCACUAGCCACUCCCCAAGUGAAGGGCAAACCGUGCGCGACUUGCCAUGUGAUUUUGGUCUGAUAGCCCAAUUGCCCAUCAGCCGCCUUCCAGAACAUGUUGGCAACCUGCGCAGCACUUUGUUGGCCCGUAUCGGGUUGUCUGUCUCGCAAGAGACUGCAAUGGUUGCCAAUGUCAAGGAUCUCAUCAGCCGUCGUCUUCCGGGGAUCUUUGAUAUGGACAUGCAUGAUGAGUUGUCGCUCGAUUCAUUGCCUGUGAACUUGACCUGGGCCGUAAAGGCUCAAAUCAGCCAGUGGCUGCGACGCGGGGUCACUGAACAUACUAGUGAGACUGCAAUUAUCCGACCCAGUCUCCCAGGUGAUGCAGUCCUAUCGACCUCCGCCCUGACGCCGGAUGAGUUCUACCGUGUCCGCGACAUUCUGGAAACCUUUGGUGACAUCUCUAUGCUGGCAGAUGUGUUAAAGUGUGCCUCGAGCUCCGAUGACAGUACUGUUCUCGCGUCGGUUGCUGAUACCACGAAUUGCCAUUUUGAUUCAUUGUCCGUAAUUGGUGCUACAACCGACCUGUUCCGCAAGCUCGUCGAUGCUUAUGCGGGCCUGAAGCGCUUCGGCACGCCUAGUCUGGAUCUAAUGUUCUCGCUCAUUGAACUUGGUCUACGGAUCCCCAGUGAGCUCAACACUGUUUCCAUUCUUCGCCAGGACCUUUCUCGCAUGGAAAAUAAGUCGAGUGUUGCUGCUUCCUCGCCUGUAUCCGACCACAUCGCUGACACUCUUGUCGACACGGACCCUUUGUUCGGUGAAAAGCUGGAUCAGCUUCUCCUGUCUGGCAAUUUCAUGGACGAGUCUACUUUGGACUCGAUAUUCAACACUCUGACCAAGCAAAUGGAGUCAGACGAUGGCAAAGCAAAACUCUCGGCUAACGACACCUGCCGCUAUCUGGCGCGGUUGCGGUCUUUCCAGCCCAAGCAUUUCGAUGGAAUUCUUGCUCGCUGGGUUUGUGGUCAUCUCCGGUAUCCUGAUCGCGCCACCUUGCUCCGUAUGCUUCCAUCUCUGAUUGGGGUCGGAUGCGUCACGAUUCGGUCGUUCUUGUCCCUGCUCAGGAGGCUCGGGUCUUCCUCAACGCCGAUUCUCAAUGCGAAGGAAUUGCCUGCAGAUCUUGUCGAACUUCUCGUGUCUCGCACGGCUGAUGGCGAGUAUCUCGAUCUGGUUUCCUAUCGAUUCCAAUUGGCGCAACAAGAGUUCCUUUCCAAGAACUCCGAAGAGGCCUUGAGAAUUGUCUGCGAUGCUGCGGCGUAUCUCAGCGCUGGUGAUAACAAGCGAAAGGACUUGGAGGCAUCUAUGGUCACGCUGUUGAGGAAACUGCUAGUGCGAAACCCCGAAUGUGCGGACCAGAACUGCGUGCAGAAGCUUGUCGAUCAAUACCCGGCAGCUACGGGUGUUCUCCAAAAGGCACUCGAUCUUCUGCUCGGAGUAGAUCCACAACAAGGGAACUCGGUGAUCUCAGAGGUCGAGAAGCUUGCAGGUACGACUGAUGAUUUCUCACUUCCAUUCUGCCAGUUGAAGCUUCAAGUUCUCUUCACUGGAGACCCGGACAAAGAAGAUCGCAACAGCAUCGUCGAUGCGAUGUUCAAGAGUGUCGUGGCAGGCUCCCGUGCGCACAACCUCAACUGGGUCGAUCUCGUUGCUCUCAUGAACCCAGACGCAGUACGCCAGAUACGUGAAUGUGCCGAGAAGGAGUUCUUCGCUAUCCCGCUUUUCGACGAGCCCAAUGAUGCCCUCACAGCGCCGCAUGACGUGACAUCCCUGAAUUCAGCCAAACUGUAUCUCACCAUCAUUGAGCAGCUGGCCAGCAGCAUCCCAGAAUCCGGGAGUCCGUCGGUUGCCUCGGUCCUCGUGGAGAAGAUGGACUUGCUUCUUCACAAGAUCAUCACCAUGCGAGCCAACUUCAACGGUGAACAUCACUCUGAACCCGCAGCCAACCAGGCACGAACCAAUUUCGAGCGCUCUCUUGCCUUCUGGUUCUCAGCCCUCUUGAGAAUGGUCGUCCUCCACCGCGCCUCGUUCAUGCAGCCAUCUCCCGCCCUGAAGAUCAAUUCUACCCACGAGCAAUCCCGACUCUUGAUCUCAAUUUUCUGCAUUGCGCUUUCUCGUCUUCCAGGCGAUGUUCUACGCCUCUUCCCAGGAGCAGACUAUUUUCCCCGCUCCGGCGCAGUCGAAGAUUACCGCCCCUGUCCAGGCAUCCUAUUACAAACCCACGCCCUAGACGUCGCCGCCUCCUUGAUUGAUCUCUUCCCAGACGAAGUCCGCCACCAAUGCACCCGCUUCCUCAAGGAGAAAUGUCCGCCCUUCGUUCCCCUUCAAAACGACUCCCGCUUCCUCUACCUCCUAGGCCCGAUGGUGGAUUCUCAUGCAGCUGCUCUCGCUCAGCCUGCGUCGGCUCCCUCUCCAUCCGCUUCCACGUCAACUCCCACUCCCACGCCUGCCACUUUCCCCAAUUCUGCUUCUGGCUCUACACAGCAACCGCCUUCAUCGUCAGUACUGUCUGCAGGUGCGAGCGAAGGGUCGAAUUGCUUGACGAGUCGGCUUCGUCUCCAACGCGGUGGGAAGAUUGUUGGUCCGUAUCCAAUUCGGCCUUGGGAGCUUUUGGAAGAUGCGGCUCCUUUCGUGGGUCCAAAUGACACGGCUGUGAAUUUGGGAUAUUUCGAUGCGCGACGCGUCAGGGUCUAG